GCGGGUGGGAGGAGUAUCGGAGUGGGCUGGGCAGAGUACGGCCCUGCUGGGGACCGGUUAGUCGGAAGCUGCUGUUCUGGGGAAGGCCGAUGAGUUCCGGGGCUUUUUGUAGGGUUUGCUGUCUUUGUCACCGGAAGGCAGAACUCCGGGAAAGUCAGCGCGCGCCAGAGGACGAUGAGCUCGAGCUUGACCGCGAGUCAAGUCACUGACGCCGAGGCAGGAGCCUGGAUGGCAGCUGCGAGGUCGAGAGUGGGCGCGCCGUCUCUGCGUGAUGGACUUUUGAUAGUGAAAGUGGAGGAAGACUCUCCCGAAGGUCAGGAGCCCGACCCGUCCGGGGACUGUCAGGAUCCGGAAAAGUCGCGACAGCGUUUUCGGCGGUUCCGUUACCAGGAGGUGGCUGGACCCGAAGAGGCGCUGAACCGGCUUCGGGAACUUUGUCGCCGGUGGCUGAGACCCGAGAUGCACUCAAAGGAGCAGAUCCUGGAGCUGCUGGUGCUGGAGCAGUUCCUGAGCAUCCUGCCCCAGGAGCUCCAGGUCUGGGUGCGGAGGUACUGCCCGCAGAGCGGGGAGCAGGCUGCGGCUGCAGUGCGCGCUUUUCAGAAAGCGCUGGAUGGGGCUUCACCCCAGGAGUUGGUGAUGGUUGACAAUGUGGCUGUGUCUCUAACUUGGGAGGAGUGGGACCACCUGGACCCAGCUCAGAGGAACUUCUGCUGGGAGAACGCCCUGAAGGACUGCAGAAACACAGUCUCUUCGGUCUCUCCGAGUUUGGAAACCAGAACUGAGAACAAAGAAUUUAUUCCAAAGCAAGAAGUUUUAGAAGAAGUAGAGCCACAGGGGCAGCUACAAGAAGGGUUCCACAGGAAGGGUCCCCCGUUUUCUAGGUGUGGUGAUACCCACGAGAACAGGGUAGAAAAUCUGAAACUUGAAAAUUCUCCUGAAGAGGAAGGACUCACCGGCACCAUAGAUCUCAAGAAUGGUUCCACAGAAGAGGGAGACUCCAAAAAUAAUGAAUUUGGCAACAGUGCCCUGACUGCAAACUUUGUUCCUUGUCCAGACAUCCAGACAGCGGAGAGGCCCGUUAAUGGGCACGAACAGGGGGACAGUUGGAAAGAAUGUCGAGACCUGGUAAAACGUCAGAGGGCGAAACCUCAGGGCUCUGUCGCCAGUGAGGGACAUUCCCGCAGGGCACGUCUUUCCGAGACCCAGCGGCAGUUCCGGGAAGAAAAGCCUUACCGAUGUGACCACUGUGAGAAGGGUUUCAAACAGCGUUCUGACCUUUUUAAACACCAGCGAAUCCACACGGGGGAGAAACCCUACGAGUGCCAAGAAUGCGGGAAGAGCUUCAGCCAGAGUGCCGCCCUGAUUAAACACCAGAGGACACACACGGGCGCGAAGCCCUACACCUGCCCCAAAUGCGGGGAUCGCUUCAGACAGAGCUCCCACCUCAACCGGCACCAGAGAAUCCACGUGGGAGAGAAACACUUCAAGUGUAACGAAUGUGGGGAAACCUGCCGCACCUCCAACCGUUUCAGACACCAGAGGAUACAUAAAGGGGAGAGACCCUAUUCGUGCGAAGAGUGUGAGAAGAGCUUCAAACGGUGCUCAGACCUCUCUAAACAUCAGAGAGUCCACACUGGCGAGAAGCCGUACGGGUGUUCGGUGUGUGGGAAACGCUUCAGUCAGAGCGCAACCCUCAUUACACACCAGAGGACCCACACUGGAGAAAAGCCUUAUAAAUGUCUUGAAUGUGGGGAAAGCUUUAGACAGAGUCCACACCUGAUCCGACACCAAAGGAUCCACAGAAAUAAAGUCCCACUGUUCUGACAUGG